UGUACACUAUCCAUAAUAACCAAUUCAAUCACAUGUACAUACAGAAUGACCAUUAUUCUACUGAUUACCAUAGGCACUUAUUGACAAAUACAUGACGAUGUCAUCAGGUAAACAUGGGAUCCAGAUUCCCAAUUCGGCAUGACAGCUGCCAUAGACACGCGCCCUCAGCCGGUUGCAAUCGCUCAUCACGCGCAGUUGAAAACAGCUUCAAGUUCCCUCUCAAUCUCUCGUUCCACGACGUUAUAAUGAAGGUCUCGCUGACUCUCUCUCUCCUCCUGGGCACAGCUAUCGCAGCGCCGCACAAAAGCACCCUGCAGACACGCGUCGAUGCCCGGAUUGCCGCUCGAGCACAACGGGGGUCCCAACCUGCAGCCCGGGAGGAGAUCGCCAAUGCAAACCUGCUGGAGAAGGUCGGCAGCGCCGGGACGGUCGAGUACAGCAAGAACUGGGCCGGGGCGGUGCGCGAGAAACCGCCGUCUGCAGCCGCGACGUACACGGCGGUGACGGCCACGUUUACUGUUCCCGAACCAACCGCCGCCGCGGGGGACAGCAGCAGCUACCAGGCUGCGUCGGCGUGGGUGGGCAUCGACGGCGACACGUACAGCAAUGCGAUCCUGCAGACGGGCGUGGACUUUUACAUCUACGAGGGGGAAAAGUACUACGAUGCCUGGUACGAAUGGUACCCGGAUUACGCCUACGACUUUAGCUCCCUGGGCAUCCAGGCGGGCGACGAGAUCGUGGCUAUCGUGCAGGCCACCUCGGCUAGCCAGGGAGUCGCGGUGAUCGAGAACCGCAGCUCGGGCGUCAAGGCCACGCAGACGCUCAGCGCUUCGGCGGCGACGGCCACACUGGGCGGCCAGAAUGCCGAGUGGAUCCUCGAGGACUUUGAGAGCAACGGCACGCAGGUCGCCCUCGCAGACUUCAACAGCGUGGUCUUCACGGGCGCCGUGGCCAGCACUGCAGACGGGAAGACCUAUGGUGUUUCAGAUGCCACCAUCCUCGAGAUCAAGCAGAACAACAAGGUCUUGACCCAGGUGACGGUUGACAGCGACUCGGAGUUGAGCAUCAAGUAUUCGGGCUAGAUUAAGGGGUACGGAGUAGGAGAAUAAAUAGGAGUGUACGGUGUACGGUGUACGGUGUAGGAAGUGUUGUCUUCUGGUGUUAUUGUCAUGGUUCAUCUGAUUGCACAUUGAUUUAUCGCAUGUUUAUAGUUAAAGUUGAUGAUUCGACACGUCUGUCGACAAUGAUGUCUAGACUGAAAUAACGAGAAAUUCACUGGAUCGUGUCAGAUGGCCAUCGGUCCAAUACUGCAAGCUCGAUGGUCAUGGUCUAGUUCAAUGGUCCAUUCCUCGCAGAUUCAGUGUUGGUUGCAGGUAUUAAUUGGGAGGAAUGCGAGGGGCAAUCGAACGCACCCACAUUCUUGACGCAUCCGGGGGAAGCCAUUCUCCUCCACAGUAUAAAGCAAGUCGGUUGCUCACUCUCGACUCCUGGUA